CUUUCCUAUCAAAUUCGGAAAUUUUUAUUUUUGCAAUCCUACUUUACUUACGCACCACCUAUUUUUAUGUAACAGUUGCAGAAUUAAAGUGAAGAAAGUUAGAAUCAACUUACUACUGAGCUCAUCGGACAAGCUGCUGGAGAGAGUGAAAAGAUUUUCGACAAAAAAUUCGUGUACGCAGUCGUCUUAUAUACUGAGGCUAAGAGGAGAAAAGAACCGUUAAAUGCGCAGGUCAUAGCGGCUCAGCUAUCCAUAUCUUGCAGCUAUCGCUCGUGUCGUUGUUGCGAAAUGCGAAGCACGAGAUUUCAGCGCAUUUCAACUUGUGACCGGCAAGUUCAGAGCCAACUAACGGUUUAGAAAGAAAGUACCGAGUAAGAGCACGCUCAGGGCAUUUUAUCCGUGCGGAGUACAUAGAAAGCAAGAGGCAGCAGUUUUCAUCGGGGGUUUACCUGUACCAACCUGUACCAGGAUGUUAUGUUUUCGCCUUAAAAACACGUGGAUUUUUUAUUUGGUGGCCUUUGGAGAGAUUUCAGAGAAACUUCAUUCAACUCACUAUAUUUGGAGUAUGCAGUUGUUAUAAAGGGCCCAAUGCUUCAAGGAAGGGACUCCAAGACAAGUGGGUUGGACUACGCAGAAAUAGGUGAUGACAUCUACGAAAAGAACAACAAUGUUGAGGAUUUAAGCGUUCAAGUUUGGUUCCCAUGCUGGUCUCUGCAAAUAAGUUUCUGCUGAGGGGAGAAGAAAUGCAUAAAAGAAGCGAUAGUCGGAAGGAGUCAUCGUUAUACUACAGCAGCACUGGUGGGAAUUGGUCUAAGAAAAGAAAGUCUCCUUUCGCUCUUUUCGUUUGAAAUCCGCACAUCAGCAUUAAUUAACGUCUUCUAUAUGGCAGAAUCUAAGGAUAUGAGCCAAUUGAGCAUUGGCGAAUUUUACGAAAAUCGAUCCAUUUUUAUUACAGGAGCCACGGGAUUCAUAGGUAAAGUUCUGGUGGAGAAGAUUUUGCGAUGUUGUCCUGGCGUGGAGCGUCUCUACCUGCUGAUGAGACCGUCAAAGGGUCAAAGCGUCGAUUACCGCCUUCGAGAAUUCAUCCAAAAUGAGAUAUUCAGUAAGGUCAAAGAACAGCAGCCGAAAGUGAUGGAGAAAGUCACGGCCGUGAGAGGCGACGUGACAUUACCGGAACUGGGUUUGUCGCCAUCCGAUUUGCAGCUGUUGAUUGAAAAUGUGUCUGUCGUGUUCCAUUCUGCUGCCACAAUCAGAUUCAACGAGGAACUUAAAACGGCUCUCGUUAUGAACGUGAAAGGGCCGAUGGAGUUGCUCGAAAUUUGUCGCAAAAUGAAACAUCUUGUGGCAUUUGUACACGUGUCAACUGCCUUCAACAAUGUGGACCGGGAGAAAAUUAAGGAAGAGAUUUACUACAAUCCGAACGUGAAUCCAGUGAAAUUAAUUGAAUACCUCGAUGGUCUCGGCGACGAAACACUUAAAAAUAUGACGCCAGAACUAGUGGGUGAGUGUCCAAACACGUAUGUUUAUACCAAAGGCUUGGCCGAGCAACUGCUGGAAACUAAACGUGGAAGCGUUCCGUUGGCAAUUGUCCGGCCAUCCAUCGUGACUGCGGCUGAAAGUGAACCUUUUCCCGGUUGGGUCGACAACAUGAACGGUGCAACAGGUGUAAUCGCUGGUAUCGGAAAUGGAUUUAUUCGCGUUCUGAAAGUAAAAAAUAAUCUGGUGGGCGAUUGUAUUCCAGUUGAUUAUCCAAUCAAUUUGUUGAUUGCUGUGGCUUGGUUCAUAGCAACUCGAAGGCCGUCGGGCGUUCCCGUGUAUAGUUGCACCACUGUUCAUCGAAACCCACUGACGUGGGGUAUGCUAAAACAUUGGGUCUUGCAAUCUUGGUUGAAAUUCCCUACAAAAAAAAUGCUGUGGUAUCCCAGCGUUCAUUACAUAACUAACAAUCUUUCGCUCAAAAUCAACCAGACGUUGUUUCACUAUCUGCCAGCCUACUUGAUGGACUUGUUUAUGCUAGCGACGGGCAAACGCGCAAAAUGGGUCCGGCUCUACAUGAAAGCAGAUAAAGCUAUUGCUUCUCUUGAGUUUUUUACGACACAUCAGUGGCGAUUUAUUAGUGACAACCCAAUUAAUUUAUUGGAGGAGAUGACCACCAAAGACCAGGAAAUGUUUUACUUCGAUGUCCGAAAUAUAAACUGGCAAAGUUACUUGGAAAAUUACAUCCUAGGUAUUAGGCAAUUUACCCUUAAAGAUGAUCCUACCACUCUUCCCGCUGCCAGAACAAAUCUCAAAAGGCUGUACAUGGCGCAACUCUGUAUACCACUCCUGCUGUCAAUUGUUAUUGUUUUCGUUUUCAAAAGUCUUUUACUUUCAUUUAUUCUUUAUCAUGGAAAAACUAUUUGUUUUGUUACUGAAAUUUUUUCCUUUCAUAUUUGAAAACAACUAACGUAAACAAAGAAAUACGUUAAUGAUUUGGAAAUAUUUUCUAAACAAUCAAACGUAAAGAUUCGCGAUUUGCACCAAUAAACUAGCUGAAAAAUUCUA